GAGAGAGAGAGAGAGAGAGAGAGAGAGAGAGAGAGCAACUCCCCUGAUUCCACUCCUGAAUUUUUAACAGCGUUGUGGAACUUUGCUGGCUGGUUGCUAUGACUCCUGGGGUUUAGCAUUACAUCGUUGUCUCCUACAGGCAACAAAACUGGGAAAGGCGGUGAGAAUGGACUGAAACGCGGUCAACACUGACAAAGAUACAGGCAAAGCCGACCGAAACGCAGUCAAAAGUGAACGAAGCGCGGUCAAAACUGAGGAAAAGCAGACGUUUAAAAGCGACCGAGGCGCGGACAAAACCCACAGGAAGGCAGCAAAAAGGACCUGAAGCUCAGUCAAAACUAAAAGAAAGUAGCUAGCGAAUUCUGAAGAAAGUAGUUCAGACUGAAGAGGGAAAACUAAUUCAAACACACGGAAAGGCAGUGAAAUCUGAGGUAAAAGCAAAUCCAGGCUGGCUGCAAAGCGGUCACAACUGACCAGAGAGCCGUGCUUGGAGAUGGAGCAGUGCAGUAAGGAGUAACAGCUGUACUCGCCUCCAGCGCAUAUUCACUGCAGCGCCUUGGUUGACCUUGUAUUGGCACUAGUCGCGCAUGGCCUUGCCUGAAUGCUCACGCUCAUAAGAUGACGCUAAAUACGGAGAGAGAGGGUAAGGAAACGCUGCGGAGAAGAGCGAGCACUCCGAUCCCCUCUGCUCACCAGCCGGGCCUGAGAGACAGACAGCUGCCCGUAGAGCCCCGCCACCCUCCUCUCGGCCAGUCCGCUUCCUACCAAGCCGGGGACAAGAGCGUCCACCCGCGGGCCAGCUGGUCCUCAGACUCAGAGGAGUCGGACAGCUCCGGAGCAGAAUGCCUCUACCGGGUUGUUCUGUUGGGAGAUCACGGCGUGGGGAAGUCCAGCCUGGCCAGCAUAUUCGCCGGAAUACAAGAGAAAGAUGCACACAAGCACAUAGGAGAGGACACAUAUGAAAGAACACUAACAGUGGAUGGAGAAGAGACCACGCUUGUUGUAAUGGACACAUGGGAAACAGAGAAGCAGGAGGAGGAUGAGAAGUGGGUACAGGAUUACUGCAUGCAGGUGGGCAACGCUUAUGUCAUUGUUUACUCCAUCACUGACCGCAGCAGCUUCGAAAGUGCAUCAGAGCUACGCAUCCAGCUGCGACGAAUCCGCCAGGCCGAGAACAUUCCUAUCAUCCUUGUGGGCAAUAAGAGUGACUUGGUGCGCUGUCGAGAAGUGGCAGUGGAAGAGGGCCGGGCAUGUGCUGUAGUCUUUGACUGCAAGUUCAUUGAAACAUCGGCCUCACUGCACCAUAACGUGCAUGAGCUGUUUGAAGGCAUUGUAAGGCAGAUCCGUCUGCGGCGAGACAGCAAAGAGGCCAACGAACGCCGCCGCUCCAUCUACAAGCGCAAGGAAAGCAUCACCAAGAAGGCUCGCCGCUUCCUCGACAGGCUGGUGGCCAAGAACAACAAAAAGAUGGCCCUAAAAGUGCGCUCAAAAUCCUGCCACGACCUCACAGUGCUGUGAGUCUUACCACUCCAAAUGUCUCUUCGUCUUCUUCUCUUCAUUCCUGAAAGGUUCCGUUCUGUUCUUCAUAAAAACCAUCAGUUAUGGACAUUUGUGUUUUGCGUUAUUUGUUAUUUAUUUAAACCCUUUCAAAGAUGGAGAAUUGGACUAUGCACCACUUUCCUGCUCACUCUCUUGAGAAUACUUUCAGCUAAUAGAUCUGAAGAAUUGUGUUGAGCUGAGGAGCAGUAAAAAUUUUUGGAGUAUUUCUUAAACCAAAGGUUUAUUACUGUAUAUCACUAAAUAAGUGGGCUUUGUUUUUGUUGGACUUCUAUCAGUGUUUGCCUUAUCAUACUGGGUAGACAUCUGGGUUAGGGAACCUAGCUCUAGUUGCUUACUGUUAUUUCUACUAUUUUCAAAGUAACAUAAAAAUAUGAUCCUUUUUCUAAUAAAGAAAUUCCUUUGUAUACACUGAUGUCAUUUCCUACAAGGAAAACACUGUUCAAAGAGGAACCAAAGGAGAGACCACUGUCUUUGAUUUUGAAGUUUUGCACUAUGUACGUUGUUUCACUGAACUGACCAGUUCGAAUCCCAAAUGGCUCUGCAUGUUUAAAGCUAAAAAGCUGAAAGGAAAGAAAUAUCUGCAGACAUGCCAUUAGGACCUGCCGUAUGGAUGUGUAUUUUAUUUCAGGAACACUAUGCAACUCUGCAUUCUUUCAGAGAACCCUGUCUAGUUUCUUCACAAAUUGCUCUAUGGUAUAAGUGCGAGUGAUUAAGAAAUGAUUGAGAGUUGUUUGUACUUGCUAGGUAUAACAAAGAAGAACACUUUAUGAACUGAACUCUUUUCUUACGAAUUUGUGUCUAAACGUUUGACGAAAAAAGAAGCAUUUUGUACAAAGAAAUGUUGGUUUGUAAAUAUACAGAGUUACUGUAUGUUCGGAAUUUGUUUAAUACAAUAAAUAAAGUAAAAACUGCACAUA